AUGACACUAUUCUUUAUAGUACAUCCACCACUUCCUUUUCCUAUUCCUGAUUCCGCAGUAAAAACCUGGAACAAAGCGAACGUUUGUAUUGUGACGUAUGUCACUGAUAAGCCAACAAAGUAUUCCGAGUUGGCCAUGGCUACCAAGAAGGAAUAUGCACAGAAGUUUGGAUACGAAUUUGUUGUCAAGCAUGUUGCUGAUAAGUCUUGGAAUACAAUCCAAUUGCUGUUGGAGACGAUCGAAGAAUAUCCUGAUAUCGAAUGGUUCUGGCUUACUGAGCAGAAUACAAUAAUUACAAACAAAUCCCUCGAUCUUGAUAUACAAUUAUUUCAACAUCUGCAUGGUUAUGAUGGUAGAGAACUACUGGCUACUUAUGACUGCCAUGGGUUCAAUACGGAUUCGCUUGUGGUUCAUAAUACUAAAUGGCCAAAGAGGUUCCUAAGUAUGGUAAACAAACUGGUUGAAGACGGAUACAAAAUUAGUGAUGCCAUAAGUCUGCUGAUAAAUCAAAAGGCAGAUGACAUUGCUCAAAAAGUGUUCUUUCUGCCUACGAGCCGUGUUCUGAUCGAAACAUUUGAUCCGAUUUUAGAUUGUCAUCAACCGAAUGAAGCAAGAGUAUCCGAUAAUCAAUCUCUCGAUGAAUCGCUUGACUCGGAUUCAACAAUCAACUCGUCCAAACGAUCAGCCGAUUCUUCAAGUCAGACAGCAACUGAUACGCUUAGCGUGGACACAAACGACACAAGGAAACGUUUAAAAUGUCAUGUUGUCGUGGAAGUGCCACCACUGAGAAAGGCUCGGAGUGCCUAUGGCGACCCGGCCGCUAAAUCCGCCAAGCAUACGGAAACAACAGCGCUUAAGAUAUUGUAUAGACAGAGUGAGCAUGUCGACAGACACCAGAAGUCAAAAUUUAGUGUGAAUAAUUUUAUUAUAUAUGACCAUGAAUAUGAGAAGGCUAAUUUGUAUGAAUUACAAGAAUUAGCCCAAGUAAAAGAGAGAUUCUGGGAUGGAACAGUAUCCAAUUGUGGCUCAAGUUUAGAUUGCCAAAAGGUACUAAUCCGCGAGUACUCAAUCGGUGGCUAUGGCACAUCUACACAUGACGUUACGGUCUGGUUUAAAUCAACACAUAGUAAACAUACAUGGUACAGAGCCCAGCAGCCCAGUCCAGAAUAUUCUAGGUUAUGGCAUACAUUCUUAUGGAAAGCACGUUUAGCAAAAUAUGUCCUCGAUUGGGCAAGUUCGAAUACCGAGGUGACAUUUACCGAUCUCAAGGAUAACUUUUAUACAUGGAUCAGUAAACUGCGCGAUGGAGACUGUGUCUUUCAACAAUGGAUUGGCGAGAUGAAUGGGAAACGUGAUUUCCGUGCUGUUGUUGUCAAUUGCAGCAGAUUCAUAUGGACACAAGCAUGGACGCUGGGAGAUGAUUAUGUGAAGCUUAAAUUCUUCCAGGACAGCAGCUUCGUUGAAGAGUAUAACCACGGUGAUAAUAAUAAAUCCACAGAAUGUACUAUUGUCACUCCAAGAGUAUACAGAUGGUUUGCGAACGUAUUUCCGGAUUGCUUAGAAAUGAUUGAGGAUCCCGUAAACUCUCCAUGCGCUUCUGAUGAUGAUAUUACAGUACAAAUAGAACAGACAGAAGAUUAUAGGUUAAUAAACCAUAAUAAUGGACAUCCAAUAUUUAUUGAUCCAAAUCUAGAUGGGCAUACCUAUAGGGGAGUCAUAGUUGACGGGAUAACAAUAUCUGUUGGAGAGGCUGUAGAGUUGAACGUAGAUGAACGUGGUAAAUGGGGUAGAGAUGAAAGUCGAUGGAUAUGUCUGAUUACUGAAUUGAAGCGCACAUCAAUUGAUGACGGUGCUUUCAAUCUUGUAUGGCUAUAUACACGAAGACAGACAUUUCUUCAUCAAGUGGACAUAGACUGCCACCCCCAAGCAGAGAAAGAAUUAUUUCUUGCGUAUCAUUGUGAAUGUCAUACGCCUCAGUCGAUAUCUACGAUCAAAAGGAAAGUAAGCGUUCUCUUUGGAGCAGAUAGCUCUCCAGAUCUCGAAACAAGCUUCUUCUGUCGAAUGAUGUAUGAUAUAAACGAUGGGGCUUUUCUCACAUUUAAGCCAGAGAUGCUUCGAUCUGUUUAUGGUAGUCGUCUCUGUGGCUGUUUGUCACCAUUAAAAUGUGUAUUCGACGAAUUCAUAUCCAAAUAUCAAGUUGGUGACUGUAUAACUCUCAAACUUGAUGUCUGCCAAGAUGAUAUUUGUACAGUCUGUUACAUUGAAGAAAUCAAUACCGAAGAAGAAGUGGCUAUUUUAAGGAGAUUCUUCAGGCCGUGGGAAAUUUAUGAGCGAAAAUCCGGAGAUAUCAUUAAUGAACUGUUAUGGUCGAAUUAUUCAUUCGAGUUUACUGCCUUUGAACAGGUAAUCCGAAAGUGUCACAUAGAGUUCAUACUACGAAGCAGUAUGAUUACAAUAGAUGAACUUCCAAUUAACUUGAGGCAUCGUGGAGCUGGAGAGCAUUUUUUCUUUUGUAGGGAAUAUGACGUGGACACAAAUGAGAUUAGUUUUAUCAAAAUAUUCGAGUCCCAAGAGCAUUUUCCACCUUAUUAUGAAAAGAUUGAAACUUUUAAGAAAUUAAAAGGGCUUGAUCUAUUUUGUGGUGGUGGAUCAUUAGGUCGGGGAGUCGAAGACUCUGGUUUUGUCUCUUAUAAUGCUGAGGCAGCAUGUAAAACUUACAAACAGAACGUCCAACACGAAGACAUAACCAUAAUGAACGCUAGUGUAAACGUUGUAUUGGUCGAUGCAAUUCUUGGUGAAGGUUGCACGUCAGCACCAAAGAAGGGCGAAGUGGAUAUAAUAUUAGCAGGCUCUCCAUGCCAAGGAUUCUCGCGUUUGAACUUGUAUCCAAACAGUCCUCGUGCUCAAGCAAACAAUUCCCUAAUAGCUUCUUUUGCUUCGUUUGUUGAUUAUUAUAAGCCGAGAUUUUUGUUGUUAGAAAACGUUCCUACAUUGAUUGGCUAUGGAGGUAUAUUGGUUAUCUUAGUUACGUUUAGCAUUAUUGAGUUUGACAGGAAAUUCACUCCUCAUCAAAUACAAAAAGGCCAGGCAAUAUUUCCACGGUUAAUUGCUUGUCUAUUAGAAAUGAAGUAUCAAAUCCGUUUUGGUCUUGUUUGUGCAGCCCAUGUGGGUGGUGCACAAGAGAGAAUCCGUGUAUUUAUGUGGGGUGCUGCUCCAGGAGAGCAGCUACCACAGUUGCCACAUCCAUCACACAGGUUCCAAGGGAGACGUUUUCGUAAAUAUACGCUGAAUCUCCCAAAUGGUGAUCGGUUAACUGGUCUUCCUGAAGACGAAUAUGCAAGCUUGCCUAUGUUAACUGUAAAAGAUUUUAUAGGCGAUUUACCAUCUUUAGACACAGGGAUAUUUUGGUAUCCUAGGUAUCCUGAUCACAGAGUAGAAUACAUGAAAAGUAAAUACACAGAACUUCUAAAAUUAAUACCAGUGGAUACUUCUAAAGCCAACUAUUUCAAAGCAAGAGAACUUGGUUUAGUACCCCCACACUUGCAAGUGAAACUAUUUGAGGAAAAAUAUAAUCGACCAGAGAUUCGAACAGGAAAAGCACCAUGUCAGCGAGUAGCAGCUGAUUAUGUGUUUCCAACUAUUAUAACCAUGAUGAGAAUUGAUAGUCUCGCAGCUGAGGUUGUACACUACUUGGAACCACGAACACUGAGUGUUCGUGAAGCAGCCAGAGCACAGGGAUUUUUGGAUUCAGAUAUUGUGUGUGGUUCAAUUAUUGAUCAGCUCAAAAUAAUUGGGAAUUCAGUACCAAGGAAUGUUGCAUUUGCCCUUGGGAUACAAUUAGGGGAAGCUUUGUUAAAGAAAACAAAUACUGAAGAGGCAAACACUGAAGAGGCAAACACUGAAGAGACAAACACUGAAGAGGCAAACACUGAAGGGGCAAACACUGAAGGGGCAAACACUGAAGAGACAAACACUGAAGAGACAAACACUGAAGAGACAAACACUGAAGAGACAAACACUGAAGAGACAAACACUGAAGAGGCAAACACUGAAGAGACAAACACUGAAGAGGCAAACACUGAAGAAAUAUAUCCUGAAGAAAUAGAAAACUUGAUAGUAAUAGAUUAA